CAGACCAUGGAGUGGUCCCCGGAGCCUUGCGAUGUGUGCGAGAGAGCCCAGGCCAGCCUCCGUGAAGUGGGCAGGGGCAUCAUUAACAUCUGCAACAGCCAGAACCUUCCUUCCUCUCUGAGCAGAUUCCUGGAGCUGGCAGGGGACGCCCCGGACACCAAGCCCCUCAGGGCCAUGGACGUGAGCUACUGGGCUACCGAGCAAAGCAAAGACCUCUCCAGGAUUAACAAGCAUCUCCGAACGCUGGUGGAACUCAUCAAUCCCUUGAAGGGGGCGCUGGAGGAGUCCGAGAAGCAGAGAGAGGAGCUGAGGGACCAGCUGGAGACCUUGGAGGGCCGCCUUCAGAAGGAGAAAGAAGCCCAGGAGCAGGAAAGGAAGGAGGCAGAGCGGCUGUUCGAAAGAAAGCACGCCGAGAGCCUGCAGCAGGCGGCCUCGCUGGAGAAAGAGAAAAAGGAGCUUCAAAACAGAGUUGACUCCUUAGAGGGAAACCUCUCCCGCUUGAAAGAGACGCUCCGGGCACAGGAAGGCACCAUCCAAGCGCUGGAGGAGGCCAAGAAGGGUCUGCUCCAGGAGAUGAAAGCGAAGAUGGUGGACAGAGACGAAGUGCAGAAACUGGAAGACCGGCUCCAGGCCCAGGCGAGCCAGCUGGAAAGUGCCAGGCAGCAACUGGACCGGGCCAGCAAAGCAGCUCCUCAUCGCACUCGGAGUCGGAGGUCACUUUACCAAGCUUCCAGUCUUCCCCGUUAA